GCUCUUUAUACCACGUGUUCGCUGCAAGAAGCUCGGUGUUGAAUUUGAAAGUGGCGACAUUUUUUGCAGUGUGGCACCGCUCCGCCGGCCUGGAGCUGAGGAUCUGAAUGCGCCCACCCCCUUUUUUUGACUCACGCCAUAGAUCCGCUCCAAAAGCCCAUCGCACUUUGAGAGACUCACCCAACACACACACACACACACACAAGCUGCUGAAACCAAAAAAAAGCCCAGUCCUCAACUCCACCGGUGGGGGUGGGGUGAAGGAGACACGGCGAACGCACCAGAUGAGAUUUGUUUCCAAACGCGCACCGAUGGCGGUGUGAGGCGUUUGGCUGAGAAGUACGCACGGCGCGGUGGAACAGUGGAGCUUUAAUUUUUGUUUUUCUCUCUCGCUGUGUGGAUUGUGUUUGAAAGGGGGACACACAAGGAAAAGCUAUGGAUUACCCAGUCUGUCUACUUUUACUCUUGGCCACCGUGUCGUCGGUGUCCACAGGACAAUUCCCCACAGCGCACAUGAUAAAGGAAUGGGUCGACCAGAUGCAAAAUGAUUUGAUCACGUUAACGGACACAACCAGUGGCUUGGAGGACCUAAUACAGAUAUAUAAAACACACAAAGCUCACUUCAGCGUGGAAUCGAACAAUGCAGGGGAACUGGUGUCGACGGCUGCUGGGAACAUAGAGAAACUGCUGGCCAAUCGCUCCCAAGCCCUAAUGCGGUUGGCAACGGAAGCGGAGAAGUUUCAGAAGGAGCACAAGUGGCAGGAGGACAGCGAGGUCGACAAGCUUGUUUACUACAACUCCAAAGAUGACCUAAAUCAGACGGAGAAGAAGAACCGCUAUGUUCCAGAUGAUUUCCAAGUCGACCCCGACUUCAAGCGCCUCGUCUCUUACAACACCACCGCUGUCCACAUCCCUACGGAUAUAUACGAGGGCUCCACCAUCAUAUUGAACGAGCUGAAUUGGACAGAAGCUUUGGAGGAUGUUUUCCGGAAAAACAAAGAGGAGGAUCCCUCGCUCCUCUGGCAGGUGUUUGGUUCUGCCACCGGAUUGGCCCGCUACUACCCAGCAUCCCCUUGGAUGGACCUGAGCAACUCAGCCAGUAAGAUCGACCUCUACGAUGUGCGCAUGCGACCGUGGUACAUUCAGGGGGCGGCGUCACCCAAGGACAUGCUGAUCUUGGUGGAUGCGAGCGGCAGCAUCUCAGGUCUCACCCUCAGACUCAUUCGAACGUCCGUGAACAAGAUGCUGGAGACCCUCUCUGACGACGACUACGUGAACGUGGUCUCUUUCAAUGAAAAGGCCUCGCAUGCGGCGUGCUUCCAGAACCUGGUGCAGGCCAACGUCCGCAACAAGAUGAUCCUGAAAGACGCCGUGCAGAACAUCACCGCAAAGGGUAUCACCAACUACAAAGGCGGCUUCGAGCUAGCCUUCGAGCAGCUGGCGCAGAUGAAUGUGUCAAGGGCGAACUGCAACAAGAUCAUCAUGCUCUUCACUGACGGAGGAGAGGAACGGGCGGAGGAAAUAUUUCAGAAAUACAAUCCAAAGCAAGCGGUUCGAAUCUUCACGUUUUCAGUCGGUCAACACAACUAUGACAAAGGACCAAUACAGUGGAUGGCCUGUGCUAAUAAAGGUUAUUACUAUGAGAUUCCCUCUAUAGGAGCCAUCAGGAUUAACACACAGGAGUACCUGGAUGUGUUGGGCAGACCCAUGGUGAAGGCUUACAGGAAGGCCAGGCAGGUUCAGUGGACCAAUGUGUACCUGGACGCGCUGGAGCUUGGCCUGGUGAUCACUGGAACUCUGCCUGUCUUCAACAAGACCGACACAGGCUCUAAGAAGGCCCCACAGAACCAGCUCAUCCUGGGGGUUAUGGCUAUCGAUGUCUCGCUGGAAGACAUCAAGAGACUCACGCCUCGGUUCACGUUUGGACCGAAUGGUUACUACUUUGCCAUCGACCCCAACGGAUACGUGCUGCUCCACCCUAAUCUCCAGCCGCCGACUGCCAAGUUUCAUGAACCUGUCACGCUGGACUUCCUGGAUGCAGAGAUUGAGAACGAAAUCAAAGUGGAGAUGCGGAAAAAAAUGAUCGACGGACAAAGAGGAGAUUUCACGAUAGCUACGCUGGUGAAAUCCCAAGACGAGCGCUACGUCGACCAAGGCCAGAGGAUGUACAGCUACACACCAGUGAAGGGAACAGAUUACAGCCUGGCCCUGGUCCUUCCUGAGUACAGUAUGCAUUACAUCAGGGCCACAAUCGGUGACACAAUCACACAGGCUAAAUCAUUUUUGGGGAAAAAUGUUUCUGAGAGCCUGCUCGCAGACAAGUUUGACGAAUAUGGCUACACGUUCAUCGCUCCGAGGAUGUACUGUAAGGAUUUAAAGCCACCCGACAAGAACACAAACAACACGGAGUUCCUCAUGGAGUUCAACAACUACAUCGACACAAAGACUCCAAACAACCCCAUGUGCAAUGUGGAGCUGGUGAACAGACUGCUCUUGGAUGCGGGCAUAACCUCAGAUCUGAUUAAGCUUUGGAAACAAAAUGAGCAGCAGCUCGGUGUCUCGGCCAGAUUUGUUGCCACUGAUGGGGGAAUCACGCGGGUCUACCCCAAAAGGUUACAGAUCGGACGUUUCUUUGGCGUGAUCGACCCCGUCCUCAUGAGAAGCCUGAAUGACUCCCUGUUCACCUAUAAGCAGACCUACGACUACCAGUCGCUCUGUGACCCCAAGAAAGAGAGCAAGGCGGCUGCAGGCCUGCGAUCAGUCUACGUGCCAACAAUCGCAGAUAUUUUGAAUUUAGGAUGGUGGGCGACAGCUGCAGCCUGGUCAAUUCUGCAGCAGAUACUGGUCAGCAUCACAUUCCCCAACUUCCUGGAUGCAGCUGAAGUGGACAGUGAAGUGUCGGACGCCAUGCGGAAAGAGGUCUGCAUCACCAAGCAAACCCAGUUUUACUUUAUGAACAACAACGUGUCUUUCAGAGGCACGGUGGACUGUGAGAACUGCUCCAGACUCUACCACGCAGAAAAGCUGCCCAAGACUAACCUGGUCUUUAUCAUUGCUGAUGCGAAAGUCACCUGCUCGUCCUGUGACGCCACCCUGAUGAAACAGGAAGAAGAGCCGUCUGAAGGUCCUGAUCCCUGUGAGCUGGCUCAGAGUCCUCGGUACAGGAAAGGGCCUGCAGUGUGUUUUGAUAACAAUGAACAUGAGGCGGAUCUAGACUGUGGUGGGGCAUCCAGCCUGAGUCCCCCGCUUUGGCUAAUGGCGGUUCUUCAGCUGGUACUGCUCUGGGUUCUGACUGGAUCCAGAAACCAUGCUGUCCCAUCAUGACCUCUGAACAACCUCAUCGCACCCUCUGUCUCCCUCCCUUCAAUUCUCCAACAUGGCAACCAGCAUGCGAUGCUGCCACCGAAAUGAUGAACGCCCGAUGAGAAGUAACUAACAAGCAAAAACCUGUGAGCCCCACAUUCUUCCAGUUUCCUCUCGUUUUCAGGGGUUUCUCAGUGAUUUCACCAGGUCCAAGGGUGCGAGCGAUGAAAGAAAUGUGUAUCAGAUGAUCGGUUCAAAUAAUAAGAAAGACCUUGACCUACGGAUGUCCUUCAUCCCUUCAAUUGUCCCCCAGGGGAGAUGAGAGGAAUCCAGAGAUUAAUUUUGAUUGGUGACUUCCAAACUUUCUCUGACUUGAUGUCACUGAAGACGGAGAUUGGCCUGCCUUACAGUAUCAGAGGGAUUGAGAUCCCAGUGGAAGGGACUUGCUGUUUAAUUGAAAAAGUUGAGCAUUUUUAUUCACCACUGCCAGAAACAGUGCUGCCCUUUGCGAGCGUACAAUUUAUUUAGAAUCAAUUUGCAGUGGAUAGUUAUUAGGUUUUUAUUGUUUUGUGUUUUUGCGAAUUUGGCUACUAUUGCAGUACGAGAUGCCAAAUUUUUACAUCAAGAGUUGUUGCUCUUCCGUUGAGUUGCUGAUAAUAUUCUGUCGUCUCUGUCUGAUUUUCAAAAAGCAACACCCAUGUUCACGAUGUCUGAGAGGCCUUCGCCUGGUGUUCUGUCAUGUAGAUACUGUUCUUGCAAUGUGGAAAUCAUCUUCAUUGUUAUGUUUUAUGCACAGAAACCAACCCAUCGACUGCCACAGAGCUCCUGCUUCUGAGUGUAUGAUUUUGUUUUACAGCUAAACACCUAAACGUCAGCCCUGAUCAGGAGUGGUAAAUGUGUGCAGAUUUUUCCUCCUCUGUGUCGGAUCGCUCCAGUUUAAAAACUUUGUUGCCAUAGCGCACAUUAACCAAUCAGGAUGAGCCUGGAUGGACAAAAUCUCUAGUGCCAUGUGGACUGUGUGACUCAGACAAACCCUUUAGCUACUAAAUGGAGAGAAGUGUAGUAUUUAAUUUAUUUCACUAUUUAUUUUAUUUGAAUGAAGCAUCGAGACAGCAUGCUACCGUUUGUUUUAUCCCCACCACUAAAGAAAAUGAAUGAAGAGUGAUGGAGGAGUUUGUACUUGACCUUUUGUUCAACAGAAAAACAGGAAAUCCCUUUGUUUGUAUUCACUGCUGUCACUUUUUAAAUUAAAUGACUACUAUCUGCACUGCAAUUCAAAGUGCAGCUGUUA